AUGAAGAAGACGACGAUGGCCUUCUCCGCCGUGGCGCUGUUGUUCGUUCUCUUGUCCUGUUGUUCUUCUUUCGUUCUCGGUGGCGUUCCCACCACCGAGGUGGAGCAGAGCGUCGUGAUCGGCUUCGACCCCAACUUUGUGGACGCCAGGGCGUGGAACAGUGAAAACCCCAGCGGAACUGGUGAGGCGGUCCUUGUGGCGCGGUUCGUCGAGUCCCUCGCAGGCGAGAGCGUGAUCAAGAUCGAGGACUACACGGACAAGGCGGCCUGGCGCUCGGCCCUGUGGAACGGCAAGGUGGUCAUCUUCAUCGAAACAGAAGAAAGCACCGCUUCCGAGAUGAAAGCAGCGCUGAGCCAGGACACUCGCACGGCCAUCAAGGACUGGGUGCGCAACAACGGCGGCGCCGUGGUCUUCUGCUACGGCGAGAGUGAGCCUGCGCAAGUCCUCACCGGCCUCGAUCUCACCGAAACCUCACCCGGGCCAACUCCUUCUGAUGAGAAGAGGGGCGAGGUGGAGGAUAUAGGGCCGGCCAGCAGGACCAGCGACGGUGACGCCUCGCCUCUCUUCGGCACCAACAGCAGUGCGCCCACUGAGGUCUCCGGCAUCGAUGCAUGCAGCCCGUGGUACUUGGGCAACGAGCUGCCGGCCAGGAGCGCGAGCCUCAAGUGCAUGUACGGAACGAUUGACGAAUGCUAUCUGUGGCGCUACGCCGACGGCAAGGGCGCCUGGUAUGGCGUGUGUCCGGACUUCUACGACUGGGGCUACGGCGAGGACGCCCAGGACGGCGGGUGGAUGGCGGUGAUGGAGAUCAUCAUCGGGUCGGCCGACCCGACCCAGACCUCGUCGGGCGCGCAGCUCACCCACUGGGUCCAGUGGCUCGCCGCGCUGCUGUAG